GUCAUGAUGAAAGGGCUUUUGCUGUUUAAUCAGAGCAGUGUUCUUUUAUUUAUUGACGCGGACCAGGAAUUUUUGGAAUCAGCUUACAAGAAGAGACUCCUUCAAGAGUUUAACAAUGACCAGAGACAGGUGAAUAUCUUCUUAAGUGGCUAAAAUUUAAUAUAAGCAGAAGGUGGACAGCUACAGUUGAAGCAACACUUCUGCCAUAUAGGUUGCUGAACACAUGUAUGACCCUUAUGAUGCAGAACAAAUGUUUGUGCCUUUUUCUGCAUCACAGAAUGUAAUGAGCCAAACUUUGAAGAACCCUUAUGAAAAGAUUAUCUGUGAAAAUAAUUCCAUUACAGUUUCCAAACAGCUGGAUAAUAUAUUAUUUAUUGCUGUUAAUGGAGAUGGUACAGAAGAUGAACACUUCCUUAACAAGAAAAUUUUGGUCUUCCAUCGAAUAUUGAAAUUUCUUUAUGGUCCGGUAUUGAAACAAAUAAAACCAAAAAGAUUGCUUGAACAAAGAGAAAGACAGAAUUAUCUAACACACAUUCUUAGGACAUGGUGCCACCUUGUCCAAGAAGAGCAGUCCUUUCUAAUGGAGGCAGUUGAACAGUUGUAUGUUAACUCUGUGGUUAAUGAGAAAUCUUUAGAACUUCUCGAAAUGGUUGUGAAAAAAGUCAGUUCUGUAUCUUCUAUAAGUAACAACCAUGCACUUCUUUUGGUGCAUGGUAAGCUCCUUUCUCUUUAUUCUAGCAACAGUGCUUAUGAGUUACAGUCAGCCGAUAUCCUCACUAUUAUUCUUCUAGCAUGUGUUCAAUAUCCUUACAAUUCUGAACUACGAGCUGACAAUUUGCUAAGAAAACCUCAACCAGAACAACAACAACCACAACCAUCAUCAUCAUCACAUAGGCAAGAAGAGGAAGAACAACAAAGUGAGCAACAACAGCCGUCACCACAGCAACAAAAACAAGAACAACGUGAAUGUCAACAGCCAUCAUCACAACAAGAAGUUAAAGAACAACAAAGCAAGCAACAACAGCAAUCAUUACAGCAACACAAAGAUGAAGAACAACAAAGUGAGCAGCAACAGCAACCAUUACAGCAACAAGAAAAUGAAGAACACCAAAGCAAGCGACAUGAUGAACAAAAGCAUUCACUACAGCAACAAGAUGAACAACAGCAAUCACCACAGCAACAAGAAGAACAAGGAAGUGAGCAACGUCAGCAACCAUUGUCACCACAGCAACAAGAAAAUGAAGAACAGCAAAGUGAGCAACAGCAACAGCAACAGCAUCCAGUAAAACAAAAAAGUGAGGACAAUUUGCAAUCAGCUUCACCACAUGUUAGUCAAGAAACUGAGGUGCUAGAAACUUCUAGAACUCUUAGUGUUGUAUCAGAUGGUAGUCAAUCCCUUGGUCGUGACUCUGUUGACAAUACAGCUACUGAUCAAAGCAAAGAUGUUCAAAAGAGUUUUGGAAUCCAUGAAGCAUCAUGUAGUUGCUCAGAAGAUCUUGACAACUGUGAAGUAUCAUCAGCAGAUUUGCUAGCCGUCUCUAGCAGAAACAUCUCUGAUAAUGUACAGCAUAGUAGCAGCAGUAUUGAAGAGGAUAAUGAAAAUAUCAGUUCUCAGAGUACUUCUUAUAAUAUCAACAAAGCAAAUAUUGAGGCAAGCACUGAACCCAAACUAGCUUCUAGUGGUGCCAAGAAACAAUCAAGGAAACGUACUGGAACCACUGAAUCCAGCAGUCAGUCUACAAGUUCUAAAUCAAAACCAUUUCACACUUCCAUAAAACCAAUUCCUGUGUGUUUACAUACCUCUGCAUGUUUGUUUACGCCACAUCAAUUAUUCUGUAUAGAAGUGAUUCCUGGCAUUGUCUUGGUUAUUGUUUUAGAGCAAUGCCAUUCAAGUCAAUCUGGUUUAAUCUGCCAACUACAUGAUCUCCUCAAUGAUAUUACUUCUGGGAGCAGCAGAGGAGAACGACUUGUCCGAGGGGAUUGCCAGUAUACAUUUGAUGUUCUGGAUAUGUUGUUAAAGAAAGUCACUGGUUCCCGUGCAGGUCACAAUGACAUCAAGAAAAACAUAAAGAAGAACUGGGAAAAUGCUGUUCAAAAGGGACUGGAUCUUGUUCUUGAUAAGGGUAAUGUGAAGGACGUACCUGACAAAAUACUCAAUUCUUUGUCUGCAAUGUGUGACAGCUUAAAAGACCUCUUUCUCCAUAUGUUUAUCCAGAAAAGUGUUGUUAGUACAGCCAUGCAAGAAAUUUUGUUUUUGUGUAAACAGCGGAUUUUUAAAGAAUUAGUUGAUUAUAAGGACUAUCUGAUUGUGAAAGCAGAAAGAAACAUUGCCAUUACUUCUUAUAUCCAAGACUUCCCAGGAAUGGUGUUCUUUAUAUUUGUUGACCGUACAACAAAUCAAGUCAUUGCUCCUGCACUAAAUAUAGAUCCUGAUGAUAAACCAGAAGCUUACAAGGCAACUUUGUUUCUGAAGAAAAAGAUUUGGAAAGUAGCUCAUUUCAUGCAACAGAAAUUAUCUCAAGGUUAUACGACAGUUCUGCUUAGAGAUGGAGACUUCUUCAUAUCUUAUUACUUGUGGUUUGAAGAUAACUCGCAUAAUCCACUUGUAGUUCAGCAACCAUACAAGCCUUUGUCUCAUUCACCUCCUCCUGGAAUUCUUUGUGGUAAUCUCUAUAGGCAACUCAUCCGACAGUGCUUUCCCACAGUUAUCCCUGGCUCUGUCCACUGCUUGGAAUUGAUCUGCAUUCAUCUGGGAAUUGUCCCAACCAACUUGAUCUCUGUCCAUAUUCAACAACUUUCAAAUCAGCUUUGGAAAAUGGCUGAAGAUGGUUUGGCACCAAUUAGUUUGUUGUAACUUCUGACCAUAGACUAGAAUGUUUAGUCAUGCUAGUUCAGCUCAGUGGAACAAAAUCAUUACAGUUUGUACUGUAUUAUAUGUUACUGCUACAUUGUUGCUAUUUUAAUUAUGUUUUUUGUAGUUAUCAUCAUAAUUCCAUUGAUAUUUCACUUUCGAUCCAAAACGAAAAUAUAUAUUUCUAUUUUGUUUUUAGAAUGUGUGUUUGAGAGAGAGAGAGAGAAAAAAAAACUGUGUAUGUGUGUUUGUGACUGUUUCAUUGCCUCUUCUUCCUGUCUUCACUUAAUUACCAAUCUAAUACACAUACACGUAUUUACAAAUGCUUGUUUUUAUAAAUGCAUAUAGAUAAAUCUAUAUGCAUCUUGAAUGGUAUGGAUAUAUGUAUGGCAUGUGUGUGUAUAUAUGUAUAUGCACACACUCACAUGCAUGGUGUGAAAGUGUAUAUAACACGAACAGCUCACAGGCAGUUGUAUGUAUAUUUAUGUACGGACACACAUCUGCUUAUGUAUAAUGUAUUUAUGUUUGUAUUUUUUCUAUAUACACACUCAUUUUCAUCAAGUGUCGACUGUCAUUUAUUCCUUUUUUGGUGAAAUUUUUACAUCAGUGUAUAAAU